CACGUGAGGUAUUUGCUGCGAUCAUGACGUCAUGGGUUGACGUCAUUAUUUUACGUCACUGACGGCAUGUUGCCAAUUGACUGCGAAGGAAUAAAUCUAGUUCUGAUCGUGUUUUAAACCGUAUAAUGGUCCAUGAGAGUUGAGAGCGUACCGUUUUAUAACUCUUUAAAGUUUCUAUGUUUACUACAAAAUGGAACAAGAAAAUAGAACGAAAAUGAGUACUUUUUACCCCACCCUACCAUGCUUAUACACACUGACAUAUUUGUUUCUGUAGGCUUUAUAAAGCAAGUCUAAAAUCCAGGAAAAUACAAUUAACAAUUACGUUCACAGGGCAGCAAACCGGAAAGCAUUUUUAGCAUUUUAUGACAGUAUGAGCAUAACAGGGCAAAUGCACAUUGCGUAUAUCAUUAGGUAAUGGUUUGAUAACACCAUAACAGAGUGACGUGUAGCUUAAUUGUGACUUGGUACGUAAACAAAAUGUUAGCUGGCAUUAUAUUAGUUUUUAUCCUGUGCGUGGUAGUCGACACAGCUAUUUGCAUCCUAUUCUGUUAGUAAUGAAAAGAUUAAUUAUACUUAUAUUAGUUUUGGUGGUUCUUCUAUUUCUACCUUUGAUAACCACUGCAAUAGUUCCCCGCAGUGAUAAUUAUGCUGACAUAAUUUGUCAGCCGUACAACGUAACUAUUCGAAUACACCAGACCGCGAUAAAGAACCGAGUUGGCUCACAGAACGCCAUUAUUCGAAACGUUCAAGUUGUUACAAGUUGGGCUUCCACUCCUUGCUACGAAAACAGUUUGGACUUCAAUUUUACGCGCAGUUUUAACCAAUGUGCAGACACCACUGAGGUCACCAAACAGAAAGCCAUUAUAAAGUACACAAUACGAUUGACUUACCAAAAACCGGACAAUGCUCUUACUGGAUAUACUGUUGUUAUUCUACGCCUGACUUGCACAUACAAUUUAUCCUCCAUUGUGACGUCACAAACUCGUCAGCAGUAUCUACAGAUUGUGAGACCUGUAAACCUGGGCUCGUUCGGAAACAAUUCGCACAGCAUAAGAUUCAACGCAAGCUUAUAUAAAAGCCAGGAAUUCAACAAAGCGCAUACUUACUUCUUCCCACAGUACGAAGUUGGCCAAAAAGUUUACGUUCAACUGGAUUUUAACGUCGAAAUCGGGAUAUUGAGAAAUACAUCAAUUACAUGCCACGCCACACCAACAUCAAACGCAGAAGAUACCAACUCCAGAAACCUACUACAAACUGGGUGUCGUUCAAGUUUGAGGAACCUGAAUACCACCGAAGUAUCUGUCACAAGGAAUCUUCUUAAAUUCCAGUUCGUUUCGUUUCUAUGGCCCAAUAUAUCUACUACGUCAACGUAUAUUCACUGCUCAGUAAAACCGUGGUGUUAAACCUAUAUACACUCGUGGCUUAUACAAUAAAGUAUAAGGUGGGAGAGAUGGGACAAAUUUUCAUUCUGUUUUCUCGUCCAAUUCGGUAGCAAACAAUUAAAAACAUUCAAAAGAUUAUAAAACCGUAUCCCUACGACUUCCAUAGACCGUUGUUAAUUGUUUAAAACACGAUCAAGAUAUUUGGGUUUUAACUUCUCCCACCCUACUACAUUAUACCAUGGAAUGAUUAUCAAUUUGACUUGUGUACUGUUUUUGACUUCUUUAUUCGUUUAAUUAGUUUUGCGUUGGUAAAAACAUCUUGUUCGCUCUUGGUGUAUUGUACAUGUGAAACUGUAUAGUUGUCCAUAGUUCACAAGUCGGGGAAUCGCU